AUGCGCGCGCGUGCAGUGGAGGGCCCGGCUGGACCACACGCAGCGCAGCGGAUCGUGAUCAGGAAUGGAAGGACGCCGGUGACAGCGGUGUUUGGAACGGGGGCAGUCGGAGCUUCAAGACGGGAGCGCGCGCCGCCAUGCUCGUUAUUGGAGGAGCGCAUCAAAGAGGUUCGUGGAUGUUCACCACACUCCACUCUGAUGAAUGGGGAAUGUGUGGGGAACCAGGAUGAUUCCAGGGGGGUGAUGGAGCCUCUGUCACUGCACCACACCGCGGGACAAGAGCAGAGCGAUGGCCAUGGGCUGUGGGAGGAGGUGGUUGACGGAGGACUUCGAGACGUGCAUCACGGGGAGAGCAUCAUAGAGAACAUCACAGAUGCCAUCUACAGCAGAAAGACUCUGUGUGUGAUCAGGCCAGCCGGAUACCUGCAGUGCGAGUGGUGCUCCACAGAGAUUCAGAUGGCCAGGUUAAGCCACGAGUCCAGACAAAGCUAG